CGAGGCAUUUCACAUUGGAUCAACAAUGAAUACGAAGGUCCAACAAAGACUAUCGAUAUUCGAUAACUUUGUAAACUUGGACUUGUCAUCUCUAAUCACUUAUCAUUUUCUCCCAAACAAAAAAUGUUAGCAAUCUAGGUAUUACAAAUUCCAGACUUAUGAAAUUUGUUCAAUUAAUCUAAAGAGCAAAAUCAAGUUUUAAAUACAAGGUGAACCAUGGAGGCGGUCCCGAAAUUACCUUUAAUCAGUUUUGAAUUGAAAGUAAGCCCCGAGAAUACUCAUUUUGGACCUAAACUAAAACAGUAUAUAGCAGAAGCGUAUAGAGAAGAUCCUGAUAGCUAUGCAAACGAAAUACAUCAAUUGGAAGGCCUGCGAUCGGCCGCUGUGAGAGCAACUAUUGACGCUGUGGGUCUUAGUUCCCUGAACCGAUAUUUUUGUCAGCUAAGGGCAAUGCAGAGCCGAUUUCCAAUGGCAAAAGGUCAACCAGUCGCAUGCACUUUUGCUUGGAAGGACCUUUAUGCAAAUAUGAGUUGCUCUUUAGCCGACAUAAGGUUUGAGAUGGCAAGCAUCUUAUACAACAUUGGUGCACUCCAUACUCAGUUAGGUGCAGCGGAGGCACGCACCACACCUGAUAGUUUGAAAGCAGCCUGCACCCACUAUCAGCAGGCUGCUUGGGCGUUCAGUCACCUGAAAGAACAGUUCCCUCAGCCACCUGGUGCUGAUGUAUCAUCCGAAAUAUUGUCGCUAUUACAAGAAAUAUGCUUUGCACAGGCCCAAGAAUGUAUUUUGAAUAAAAGUAUUCAGGAUACCAGAAAACCUAGUGUUAUUGGUGCGGUAGCAACUCAAGUUUUAUUAUUUUACAAAAAUUCCUUGGCUCAUCUUGGACCAUCAACUGGUACGGACAAUAUUCAUGAAAUAAUUGGAACCAAGCUAUACAACCAGUGGCACCGAUACCUGUCUUUUAAAGCAGCAUAUAUUGGCUGCAUAGUUUGUUUAUAUCGAGGACUGAAUGCAGAAGAACAACAGAAGUUUGGAGAAAGAGUGGCUUAUUACCAACAGUCAGUAGACAAACUUGCAGAAGCGAGAAAACUGGCUAAAUACAUAGAACCGGUGCAAGUGACACAAGAAGCAUUGACAUUCACUAAUGAUGUUGUCGAGGGGAAGAGAAAGGCUGCUAAGAAUGAAAAUGAGUUUAUUUAUCACGAGGAAGUGCCUGAAAAAGAUUUACUGAUGGAUUUGAAGCCGGCUUGUCUUGUUAAAGCUGUGCCUAUCAAUUUUAAUGACCCUGAGAUCUCUGGUACGGACAUAUUCAGUAGGUUGGUACCGAUGGGUGCACACGAGGCAGCCUCAUUGUACUCUGAAGAAAAGGCCAAACUUCUCCGACUGGUCGUCAGCCAAGUUGACGCCAAGAAUACUGAACUGACAGAGUUCAUGUCCUCAUUGCAAAUAGAUCAGCUUGAAGUACUCGAUUCUGAUCAGAAGAUACCUCAAGAAAUAGUAGACAGAUGUGCGGCGAUGAACGCAAAGACGGAAAUCAUUCAGUCUUUAGUUGACUCAAUGAACAAUUUGGCUGAAGUGAUCAGUGAUGUUGAACAUUCACUUUCCGAGAUAAAAGGAAUUAUUCAAGAAGAGACAUUAAAAGAAAAAGAAUACCAGAAAGUGAUGGGUCCUCGUCCUCCAUCGAUAGUGCAGACUGAGAUUUCCCGAGAGUUCCACAAGUACCAAGAAGCUCAUACGAGGACAAAUGAGAGCAAUCAAGUGCUGCACAAGGCGAUGACUCUACACAUUGCUAAUUUGAAACUGUUGUCACAGCCUCUGGAUGUACUUCAGGCUAAGAUACCCAGUAUUGAUAAUAUUGAGGGUUUGGACCGGGACACAAUGAAGGAGAUGCGCCGAGUGGUGGGCAAGGCGCGCGAGAUGCAGACGCAGCGAGAUGCGUUGGUACAGCAGCUGCGCGCCGCACUCACCGCCGAUGACGUCACCGCCAAGCUGCUCGCGCGCACCAAUGACUCCGCAGAUGACAUCUUCCGCGAGGAGAUAGAGAAACACGCACCAAAGGUGAAAAUAAUAGAACAGAACUUAGCUGCGCAGGAGAACAUAAUCAACAAGCUGACGACGCUGUACGCUACGUACGCGGAGUCGCGUCGCCUGCUCGCUGACGUGCUGCGGAAGAGAGACGGACUUAUCAAUGCUCUGGUGACAUCGUAUGACGCGUAUGAGGAACUGUUGGGAAAGUCUCAGAAGGGGUUGGAGUUCUAUCGCAAGAUGUCGCACAAUGUUACGCAGCUGCUGGCUCGUCUGCGCAGCACCUGUCAGGUGCUCCAGGAGGAGCGCCAGCAGAUGCUCGCCAAUCAGAACAAUAAAGCUGCCAGUGGUCCACCGGCAAGUAUUGCUUCAGCAAAAAUUCCAGAUACGAUACCUGUACCAUUGAGUACUACAGCAACACCAAAACUUAAAGAUUAUCUGCCUUAUAUGAAGAACCGUGGUCUGGCGAGAAGUCGUACUCCUCAAGCCCAAGUUGAACCUUUACCAGCUGAUACAUAUUAUCCGGAAACUAUUUAUCCCACUACUGUGAGACCCGCGCCUUUGGGAUCUGAAGCUACGGAUAUGACACAAAUGAGUUUACCAGAUGGUGUAGUAAUGCCACCAGCGAUGCAUCAAAAUCCUUACGGACGUUACGGCGCUCCGUAUGCACCGAGCGAAGUUGACCCUUACGCCGUUCAACAUACGUACGCAUAUCCCGUGGCUAGCAAAGCAAACAUCGACAAACCGAUAGACGAUAUCUCCAAAUAUAGCUAUACCUCUUACACACCGCCGCAGUACUCCAGUCAAAUGGCAGACCCGCAGACUUAUACGAACCCUUAUUACUCCGCCACUAACAAUAAUGCUACAAUCGUCACAGAUUCUCAAGCUUCUGUUAACUAUCAAAACAUUAAUCAAGCGAAUACGAACACGAACGCGAACGCGAACGUGCAAUCUUAUAAUGUGUAUGAUCCGUAUGUGAGCCAAGCUGGUCCAAUACCAGAUAGUAUGUCAAUGUAUAAUUCGGCGAAUCAAGAACAGCUGACGGCGAACUUUGCCCAGAUGCAAGUCACACCACCUGUCAAUCAACCGAACAAAUCUGAAUCCUCCGGCAAUUUGCCCAACGAAUAUUCCCAAACGUUUUACACCAUGCAGUACCAACAUGUGCCUUCAGCCAACAUGGCCACGUACAGCCACGCGCCUCAGGAUUCCCAAACUAGCAGCGUCUCCUCACAACUGCCUUCAGAUUAUAGUUUGAAUUAUAACUAUACCGCAGAAAUGGGUAACCAGUAUCCACAAACUGUUCAACCGAAUGUAUCCAGUGCUUAUGGUACCCAAUAUCAAGAUACAGCAAGCAUGCCGCAAAAUUACAUGUAUACUAACGCGGAGAGCGCUGUUACGUCUACUACCUGUGUGGUCACCGCUCCGGUCACCGUCUCUAAUCCUUACAACGUCCCCGCUGAGGGUAAUCCAGAGUACAACACCUCGCUCUCACAACUCGACGCUUUGGACAAACCAAUCAAGUCACACGUCACUGGAGAAGCAUUAUCUUCCAUGGACAUUCAGUCAAGCUAUCAGAAUUAUACUACCAGCUUAAAUGCCUCGAACGAUCCAAACUAUCAAACUCCUAGUACCUAUUACCAGGAUCAAAAUUAUCAAAAUCAUCCGGGUUACACUUAUAACAAUUCCACCGGCAACUACGAAUACAAUUAUGGAUCUCAAAAUUCAUAUUCCAACUAUGGAGGUGUGGAGCAAACGAAUAUGGACCCUCAGUUAACGGCAAAAGAUCCAAAUUGGAAUCAACAAACGAUGUACACUAAUGCAGGAGUGUGUAACACAGUGCAGUCACCUUCAGACAAUCCUCAGAUACAAGUCUCUAAUGAACAGCCGAUGAAUACUCAGAUAUAUUAUAAUCAUCCUUACGGCUAUCAAAAUACCCAAGUGCCUAAUGCUAGUCAGCUCAAUGUAGCUCCUCAACAGAACUUUCCAGAAGUUACAAAUUACACUUCAGAAAUGAAUCACUCCACGUAUAUGCAGUCAGGAGUUGUUCCUGGAACAAACGUCACUUACAUUGAUAAUCAAGUUUCACCACCGAAAGAGAAAGCACCAAUCGAACAAAACAUUGAGACGAACAAACAGAAUGAAACAGUAAAAACUGUUGCACCGGAACCUGAAGUGAAACAGACUGAAGUGAAACCGACUGAAGUGAAACAGGCUGAAGUGAAACCAGAAGUGAAAUCUGAACCGACUGCAUUUGAUUUACUCUCUGAUAUAGAUUUCAAUGUGGAUUACAAGCCAUUGAUGCCUGAAAUAAAAGUGCCUCAAGUGUCAGAUAAAGUUGUUAUAAAACCUACUGUAGUGCCAAAAACAGAACCAAUCUCAAAACCAGUACCUAAAGAAGAAACCAUAGAAAGGCCAGCGAAACAAGAUAUAUUCUCAGAUCCAAGUUUAUUGAACAAAUUCACUCAGGAAGUGAAACAAUUACAUAAUAUGACUGAUUCAUUGACAAAUAAAACUAUUGGGGGUGUUACGAUUUUGGAUGCUAAAUGGAAGAUGUUACAGGAUGUUCAAAUGAAAGAAAACAUGAGUCGAACGAAAACAGUUGCGAUGCAAUAUUCUGAAGGAAACAUCGCGUCUGUUGUUGCACCUUUUGACGAUUCGAGAGUCGUACUGAAGUCUGAUCCUGAUGCGUACAUCAACGCUUCUUAUUAUAAGCAAUUGGCUCCAUGGUGUAUACCUCUAAUGAUUUCAAAAUGUCCGACGGAAAAUGAUGCCGGAACAUUCUGGAAGGCAAUUCUCGAAUACAAGAUUGCAUGCGUAGUUUGCUUGUUGAGUGAGAUUGAGAUGCAAGGCAUAUCAUACUGGCCAACAGCAAAGGGCCAAUCCCUAGACCUGGCCGGUGUGAGGGUAAGCCUUGAGGAUGUGACUUGCACCGUGCACUGGACGGAGAGGAAGCUGGCCCUCAGCAACGGGAAAACAGUUCUCAAUGUCACUCAUUAUCAGAUUAAUGUGUUUCCAGCCAAAAUAUCAUGCAGCCCGCUGGUGCUGCUGUGUGACCGCGUGCUGGCGAGCACAUUCUCUGGCCGGCUGAGCAACCAGCUGCGCGGCGCGUGUGUGCAGUGCGGCGCAGGCGCAGGUCGCAGCGCACUGCUCGCUAUACUACUUGUAGCUAUGUGUCAAGUGCGCGCCGGUGACGUCAGACUGUGCGAUAUACUGGAGAGUGCGUGUAUAAAUCUGUACAAGCACCGCACUAAUGUGCUGGAGGAUACAAAAUACUUGGCGGACGCCUACAAAACUGUCCUCUUCUAUGCGCAAGGUGUGCUCUGCUCCGGUACGACAAUGUUCAACGGGGAAGCGGUAUCACUGCAAAGCGGGGCGGGUGUACUACCGCGAGGACCUACCGCAGCUAUAUCCGCGGCUACCGCGAACACUACCCCUACAGCUAGUGAUGCUACCGCUACCCGCGUGCAGAAAUUCUCCCGGGAGUCCUUCGAAGAGAUGCGACAGUCUCCCGGACUUAAGAGCGGGGAUAUGAAGGACCCUCUCAAUUUCCUAGACCCACUCUGGAGCCUAAAGAAAAAGUGAUAAUGAUUUUUGUCCAUAUAAAUGUGAUAAUGUUUUAAAUAUAAAGAUUUUUUUGCCAAAAUUUCACUUGUAAA